UAAACUAUCUACUCUUUGCCAUAUCCGAUCACCAACACUGCAAAGCAUUGAUCGACCUCGGCCGGUGAUAUCUCCAACAAAUGACAUUUCAACCCAGUCCAUAACACAUGUCAAGGGGCUUGGCAUCUUGAAAACAUUCAACAUCAUACAGCAGAUCUGAGUAAUUCAUCUCCAUCGAUUACAUCAUCGGUCCAGCAUCCCCCAACCCACAAACAAUCACCACCACCACCACCACCACGACAAAAAACACCAAGAACGCCUAGAGGUAUCUACCUAUCAACAACUCACCAAGAUCCAAAACCAUCAACCACUAUGCCGAAACAAGCCUCCUCAAUAACCACCCUCCUCUCCUCCCUCUCCGUCCUCGCCAAAGCCACCAACCCCUCCCGACCAGCCCGCGCUUCCCUCCGGAUCCACUUCCCCGGCUCCCCCUCUCCCACCACCGUCUCCACUCCAGGCACACCCCUCACCAAAGACGCUGCCGCCCUGCCCCCCUCUUACUCCAUCUCCGCCACCGCUCUCUCCAACAUUACUUUACCCAACUGCGACCUCAGUCCCGUCUCCAGCCACCACUCUUCUCCCUCUUCUUCUGGCCAUUCUAGGAGAGGCUCCGAAGCCAACAACGCCGCCGGCCAAAUUCCUCAUUACAUGGUCAUCUGUCUCGAUCUCGACCCGCCGUUUCCGAGUUUUCCUGUCUUGGCACCGAUUUUGCAUUCCCUCGAAGCAGAUCUGAGGUUGGUGACGGAGGAGUUGGAUGCCGAUGAGGGGUAUAUUUAUCUAACGGCGGAUGAGGAGGAAGCCUUGGGAAACGAGGGGAUAAGUCACCCUACAAGGGGGGAAAGGAGGACAAAGCCGGUGGUGGGGUACAUGGGGCCGAAACCGCCGGGGGUGAGUAGUCCCCAUCGCUAUGUUUUCUUGUGCUGGGAGCAACCGGAGGGUGUGACGGGACAGAAAGUGAGAGAGGUUUUGGGGUUAAAUAAUGAUGAGGGAGGAGAAGAAGGGGAGGAUGUGGGAUUAGCGAAGAGGGUGAGAUGGGACCAGGACAGUUUUGAGAGGAUGUUGGGAUUAGGGAAUGUGGUGGCGGGAAAUUAUUUUGUCUGUUGA